ACAGAAUAAUCACUCGAAUAAAAUGUUAUGACUCGCUAGACUGCGGUGUCUCUGUCUCUCACUCACACCUAAAACCAGCUGAUAUAAAACGAUAAAUAACCGGUGCAAGUGGCUUGUAAAAUUGUACUAAAAUAAACGAAUCAACGUCCCCCAUUCGGAGCAUUUUCUCUUCCCUUUCGUCUGAUAACUUCAUACCGUUCAGAACAAUACCUUUUACCAUAAUCAUUAUAAUGUUAUGUGGUUUUUGAAACAAUAUGAUCCCUUGCAAGCAGGUUCUAUUGAUGGUACUGAUAUACAACCUCAUGAUGCAGGAUUAGAAAGAGCGGCUCUAUCGCACUACCGACCACCGACUGAAAGCAUUACCAAUCCCCUUUGUACCCUCUUUGUCGGCAGGUUGAGUUUUGAAACUGAUGAAUCAUGUUUAAAGACUUACUUCGAGCAAUAUGGGGAAGUCUCCAGCACAAUAAUAAUACGAAAUAAUGUAACUGGCUUGUCUCAAGGUUAUGGAUUCGUCACAUUUGUAUCCAAGCAUGCUGCGGAGAAGGCUUAUAAGUACGCCAAUAAAACAAACCUUAAUAAUCGAACCAUUUUGGUUGAUUAUGAACGAAGCCGACUGAUGAAAAGUUGGAAACCGAGACGGUUAGGGGGAGGAUUCGGCGGUAGAAAAGAAAGUGGGCAACUAAGAUUUGGUGCUAGAGACAGGCCUUUUAGACAUCCAGCAUCAACUUUAAAGGUUCAUUCAGUAACACAAGUUCAUAUAUCAAAGGAACAAGAAAGGUCUGACUGUUGGCGCUCGUCCGAAGAGCAUGAUCGAGGAAGGAGAAGAACAAGCAGAUCCGCUUCGCGAACUUCUCAUUCAAGUCAUACCUAUCACACCGGAUCAUUCAGAGAAACACAACAUCGCCGUCGUCGUCAGUCUUCACGCUCGCCCUCUUCUAGCAGAAGAGAACAUAGGGAGUAUUAUCGAUAUCGAGAAAGAUCUCGUUCAAAAUCAUCCUCUCUAAAAAGAAAAAGAUACAGUCGGCACCGUCAUAUGAGAUCCCGCUCACCUUCUGCAAACGGCCACGGCAAACACGGUCACCACCGGAAGUAGGCGUAGUUACGAAAGUAACCUUAAUUCUCUUUGAUUACCAUCUUUUCACUUAUCUGUGGCAAUAAGGUUGGUAAACUCUACUCUUGCAAGCAACUUCGAUUACGUUUUGUUUCGUUUAUGCGAAUAAUCAUGCCUUUUGAAGCACUGUUAGUCUAGAAGGUUAUUGGUUUCAAAAACACAUAGUCGGAUACAUCCUUUUGAUUUUUUCCUAGUCUUUUUUACCCCGUAUCGACGUUACGGUUUUUGGCGCCGAAGAAACUGAACAGCGCCAUAAUCGAAUAGCAUU